AGCCCUAGUGACCGGAGUCAUCAACACGUUUUCGACUUUGACUUAUCGUUAUCGAUGGUCGCUUCUGGGGUAUAAUUAAGGUUUUCCCGUUGAUACUGCAAGGCCCUAUAUACAGUACUGUAAAAUUUGAGCAGUCAAAAUGACAUCGGUACCCACUCCAACUACCAACCAAAUUCUGCCACUGGAGCUGGUGGACAAAUGUAUUGGGUCUCGUCUACACAUCAUAAUGAAGAAUGACAAAGAGAUUGUGGGCACACUGUGUGGGUUUGACGACUUCGUCAACAUGGUGCUGGAGGAUGUGACUGAGUAUGAGAGCACACCUGAGGGCAGACGUGUCACCAAGCUGGAGACGAUCCUGCUCAAUGGCAACAACAUCACCAUGCUCGUGCCGGGAGGAGAGAUGCCGGAUAACUGAGCCGACUCGCUCGGGCCCAGCUCGGAGUCAUCUCAUCUCAUCAUGCCCCGACAUCCCUGUCCUGUAUUCCAUGUCGCCAUGUCAUUUGUUAUAAUAUAAGAUUGUCCAAA